GGUCGCAGGUGUGGAAUGGGUUAACCGUCACAGGCCUCGCCUCACCUUGCGUGCGCGUCAGCCGGCGGCGGUGUGAAGCGGUCCCAGCAUCCAGACCCAGAGCAGAGAGCGGGAGAUCUCCGCCCCUCGCAGCCGCCAGACGCGCCUCCCGCCUCGGCCGCUCCUCCAGCCUCCAGCCGGUCUCCGCCCCGCCGCUCCGUCUCCAUCCCUCACAUCCAGGAGUGAUCCCCCCCGGAUAAACCAGGAGCCAUGAAGGACCGCAUGCAGGAACUUCGACAUGGGACGACGGAGGAAGAGGAUGAAGUGGCCGUGGGGAUGGAUAAAGGCUUCAUGGACGAGUUCUUCGAGCAGGUGGAAGAGAUCCGUGGCUUUAUCGAGUCUCUGGCGGAGAAAGUUGAAGAGGUGAAGAGGAAGCACAGCGCCAUCCUUGCGUCACCCAACCCCGAUGAGAAAACUAAAGCCGAGCUGGAGGAUCUCAUGGCAGACAUCAAGAAGUUGGCCAACAAAGUCCGCUCUAAAUUAAAGAGUAUUCAGAAUACCAUUGAGCAUGAAGAGGGUCAGAACAGGUCGUCGGCUGACCUGAGGAUACGGAAAACUCAGCACUCCACGCUGUCCCGCAAGUUUGUUGAAGUGAUGUCGGAAUACAACACCACCCAGUCGGACUACAGAGAGCGCUGCAAGGGACGCAUUCAGAGGCAGCUGGAAAUCACUGGAAGAAACACAACAAAUGAGGAACUGGAGAGCAUGUUGGAGAGUGACAACCCCGCUAUCUUCACCUCGGGGAUAAUUAUGGACAACAUCACCCAGCAAGCGAUGAAUGAGAUCGAGACUCGACACAAUGAGAUUAUCAAGCUGGAAAACAGCAUCAGAGAGCUUCACGACAUGUUUAUGGACAUGGCCAUGCUGGUGGAGAGCCAGGGUGAACUGGUGAACAACAUCGAGCGAAGUGUUUUGGAGGCCCAGGAAUAUGUGGAGGAAGCAAAGGAGCGCAUCCCAAAAUGCAAAAAGUUCAAAAAGUCCAGCAAACGGGGAGAAAUGAUAGACCGCAUAGAGUACAAUGUGGAGCACUCGGUAGACUAUGUGGAGAGGGCAGUAUCAGACACUAAGAAGGCUGUUAAAUAUCAGAGCAAAGCCAGAAGGAAGAAAAUUAUGAUUAUUAUAUGCUGCGUGGUUCUGGGAAUUGUUAUUGCUUCUAUCGUUGGGGGAACAUUGGGCUGAACCUCAGCUACAAUACACACACACACACACACACACACGCUGCAAGACACAUGAAAGAGCAAAAACAAAACAACAUUCCUAAUUCCUGUUUUCAUGAAUGCAAUCUAUUAAAUGUUCAACACAGAGUGUAUUUUACACACAAGCAUACGGGGAUAGAGGUGUUUUCGCAUGAGUUGCUGAUUUGUAAUCGUGUGGUGCUGCAAACUGUAAUCCGAGUGUUGAGUGUCGUCAAAGAUAUGAUGUUUCCUGGAUGAAAAAGUUACUAAAUUAUAUGUAACGCUAUACUAAUACAUUCCAAUGUGACACCGAAACAUUAGUAAUAUCGAUUUCAGGGGUUUUAAAAGUGUGGAAAGAUGAACACUAAAAGUUAUUUCCUAAUUUAUUUUGUCUUCAUUACUCUUACGAUCAGGCCUUAAUGUUUUUUAAAAUAAAAGUUAUAUAGAUAGUUUUCCCCUACAUGCAUUUCUCUGAAUUAUGAUUUCUUUGGAAAAAAGUUUUCGGGGAAAAAUUAUGCUGGAAUUACAAACACCCUGACCCCCAGGUUUGUACUGCCCCUCCCCCACUUCCCCAACCUCUCAGAGGCCCCUCAUGGGGGCCCGCACCACACUUUGAAAACCACUGAUCUAGUUUUUGUUGUAUAAUCACAGUGAUUCAUCUGCAGUGUUUUCAAAACCAACGUUAACUUUCUUUCAUUUGCUUAUUUAUUUGUUGGAUACUUUUAAGUUUUUUUUGUUUGAACUUAUGCUUUCUCUCUCUCUCUAGGAUGUGUUCUACCUCCCUACAAAAACCCUGCAUGGCUUGAUUCUCUGUAAAGUGGUGUUUUUGUAUUUUUAACACAACGAAAACUGUGCUGAUGUUGGAUAUUUUACCUGUUCGCUCGUCACACUGCCAAAUGUUUCAUCAGCAACGCUUCUGUUCUUUAUUUCUUGCUUUGCAGUUGUGAAGCAUAUCCGCCUGUGUCGAGUGAGUGUGUGUGUGUGUACGCCUGUGUGUACAUGACAGAGGAAGUGUGCAUGACAGCGUGUAGCUGAGUGUGUGAGUCAUGGUGUGAGUAGCCACCUGUGUCUUUUGUUUCAUAGAUGGAUAUAAAGCUCUCUGACACUGCCACUGCGUUCUAAUAAGCUGUUUAAAUGGAGUCUAGUGUGGUUGGGUUGAUAAUUCUGGUCUGUAAGUGACAACAUCUUGUUGAUUUAUGCCUUUGUUUCCCACAAACCCCAAGCUUUAAACAGCGCACACUUCUCGUCGAGCUAUUCUCUCUUCAUUGUCACGAGUCAAACAGAAUUCUUCAAGGAAAGCUUCAGCAUGAAGCCACAGUUUCCCCGUCAAAAAAGACUUUCACACCGGUUUUUGGGGACAGGCCAAACGUGUUACCAUGUUGCCUAUUGAACUUGUUGCCUAUGUGUUAUAUUGUGAUGACAUGAGUUUGUUAAACUGAUUUUUUUUUUUCUGUUUUUUAAGUAAAGUCUGUCAGAAUGAU